AUUUAAAGCUGCACAUCCAGUAAGGCAGGAUCUCAGCCACGGGAACAUGUUCUACCUUUAUGGGUGUUAAAGAUCUGAGAGAACAUUUACUUUAAUUUCAUUUGGACAGUGUGAGGCUUGGUGUUUGAACUUAACACAGUGGAUGAGAUUUACAGAACCAAGGAAUAAACGGCAAUGGAUCCUUCACUGCAAAGUGAAUCCCCUGCACUCAAGCAGAAAACAUCAGACUCACCCAGCUGUGUGUCCAUGAGGAGUAAUGCAUCAAAGCAACACCAUGAUGAUUUCAAAGGUGACCGCACUUCUGAAGACAGGCAGAAGAGAUUAGACUCAUCAGAGCCCAGCUGUUUAUCCAUAGGGACUGACACUUCAAUGAAUAUGCCAUUACAUUUUAAAAGUGACAGCAAUUCCAAAGACAGGCAGAAAAUAUCAGACUCACCAGAGUACAGCUGUGUGUCACUGAAGAGUGAUGCUUUAAAGCAUGAUGGAAUAAAAUGUGACUGCACUUCUGAGGACAGCAUUAAACUUAAAACAAAGCUGCAGAAGAAGUUUCAACAUCUGCAUGAGGCAAUAACAAAGCAGGGAAACCCAACACUCUUCAAUGAGAUCUACACUGAGCUCUACAUCACAGAAGGUAGAGAGCAUAAUGAUGAAUAUGAGAUCAGACAGAUUGAAACAGCAACUAAGAGAGCAGAAACAGAGGACAGACCAAUCAACUGCAAUGAAAUCUUCAAACCCUUACCAGGACAAAACCAGCUCAUCAGAUCUGUGCUGACUAAAGGAGUCGCUGGCAUUGGAAAAACAGUCUCUGUGCAGAAGCUUAUUCUGGACUGGGCUGAAGGGAAAGCAAAUCAAGACGUCCACCUCAUAUUUCCACUUCCUUUCAGAGAGCUCAAUUUGCUGAAGGACAAAACAUUCAGUCUUAAAGAUCUUCUACAGUUUUUCAUGGACACAAAACAUCUGGAAAUCUCUCCAAAUGAAGAUAAAAUCAUUUUCAUCUUUGAUGGUUUGGAUGAGUGUCGUCUGUCUCUGGAUUUUCAGAACAACGUGAGGUUGUGUGAUGUGACUGAAUCAGCUUCAGUGGACGUGCUGCUGACGAACCUCAUUGCGGGGAAUCUGCUUCCCUCUGCUCUCAUCUGGAUCACCUCCAGACCAGCAGCAGCUGAUCUCAUCCCCUCUGAGUAUGUUGAUCGAGUGACAGAGGUACGAGGCUUCAGUGACCCACAGAAGGAGAAAUACUUCAGGAAGAGAAUCACUGAUCUGAGUCUGGCUGACAGAAUCGUCUCACACCUGAAGUCCUCAAGGAGCCUCUACAUCAUGUGCCACAUCCCAGUGUUCUGCUGGAUCUCAGCCACUGUUCUAGAGAAGAUGUUGAGUGGAGCAGAGACUGGAGAGAUUCCCAAGACUCUCAAUCAAAUGUACACACACUUCCUGAUCCUUCAGACCAACAUCAAACAUGAGAAGGACUAUGUGGAGAAAGUAAACGGUGAAGACAUGAUCCUCAAACUGGGGAAACUGGCUUUUCAAGAGCUUAUGAAACACAACAUGAUCUUCAAUGAAGAAGAUCUGAGAGAGUGUGGCAUUGAUGUGAAAGAAGCAGCUGUGUACUCAGGACUUUGCGCUCAGAUUGGAGAGGAGUUUGGUCUGUGUCAGAGGAAAGUCUACUGCUUUGUUCAUCUAAGCAUUCAGGAACAUCUGGCUGCUCUGUAUGUGCACCAUACCUUCAUAACCCAGAACAUCAAUGUGUUUGUCCAAACGAGUAAAUCAACACGUACACAUGUUCCAAUAUUUGACCUGCAUCAGAAAGCUGUUGAUGAGACCUUAGAAAGUAAAACUGGACUCCUGGGACUAUUUCUUCGCUUCCUUCUGGGCUUCUCACUUGAGUCCAAUCAGACUCUCUUAAAAGUUCUUCUGACCCAGACAGAAAGGAAAAGCCACAAUUUAGAGGAAACAGUCAAUUACAUCAAGAAGAAGAUAGACGAACAUCCAACUCCAGAGAAAUUCAUUAAUCUGUUCCACUGCCUCAAUGAUCUGGGUGACAGUGCACUAGUGGAACAAAUUCAGCGUUAUCUCAAAUGUAGAGAUCAUUGUGAAUUGAAAGCAAAGUGCUGUGCUCCUCUGGCCAUAGCUCUCGCCUCUGAGUAUUCAUGUGUAAAGGAAAUGAAUCUGAAUGGAAAUCAACUACUGGAUGCAGGAGUGAAAUUGCUCUCUGAAGGGCUGGGAAGUUCUCAUUGCACACUAGAGAUACUGAGGCUGAAAAAUUGUGGUGUCACAAAUGAAGGUUGUGCUUCUCUGGCUUUAGCUCUGAGAUCAAACCCCUCACACCUGAAACAUCUGGAUUUGUCAUUUAAUAAACUAGGAGAUAAAGGAGUGACAUGUCUGUCUGAUUCUCUCUGUAGAAUACAGAAACUUAAGCUGAGGGCUUGUGAUAUCACAGAUGAAGGUUGUGCUGCUCUGGCUUCAGCUCUGACAUCAAACCCCUCAUACCUGAGAGAGCUGUAUCUGACUAAAAAUAACAUACAAGAUGUGGGAGUGAAGCUGCUAUCUGAUACUCUAAAGAAUCCUGAGUGUCAGCUGAAGGUUCUGAAGCUAAAGGAGUGUGGUCUCGCAGAUGAAGGUUUUGCUGCUCUGGCUUCAGCUCUGAGAUCAAACCCCUCACACAUGAAAAAGCUGGAUCUGUCAGAAAAUAAACUGGGAGAUUCCGGAAUUAAUUUUCUUGCUAAUGAACCAAAGUAUCCUACUCUCGGACUUGAAGAACUGUGGCUGACUGCUGGUGGUAUCACUCAUGAAGGUUGUGCUGCUUUGGCUUCGGCUCUGACAUCAAACCUCUCACAGCUGAAAGAGCUGAAUCUGUCUAACAACAUCAUAGGAGACUCUGGGCUGAAGCGGUUGUCUGCUGCACUGGACUGUAAACUGAGUGCUGACUGUAAACUAGAGACACUAGGGUUGAAUGAUUGUGGUGUCAGAGAUGAAGGUUGUGCUGCUCUGAUUUCUGCUCUGACAUCAAACCACUCUCACUUACGUAAGCUGUAUCUGUCUGGGAAUGAAAUAGGAGCGUCAACAAUGGAGCAACUCUCAGCUCUUCAGGCUCAUUCCGAUAAUAAGCUGAACAAAGUCAAAUCAUUGGUGUGUUCGUGCAGUGCUAGUUCUGGCUGUGUUUGAUCCUCUCUGGCCUUGUUCCUGUUCUGGAUAUUCCCCGUUGAGGCAGUUUUGGAUUACCUGUUGGAUUCUUGUCAGAGGACUGGCUUGCCCAUUGCAGUCUCUGCACUACCAAGAAAGACUUUGCCAUCUGCACCCACGACGUCUGACUCUUGCUGUCUUUCCUGCUGCUGUUUUUCUUAAUAAACUGAUAUUUGCUGCAUUC